AUGGAUUCCGAGAAGAUCAAACCUACCAUCUGCGCAGAGAUCCCCGUGGUGAGCAGACUCGCAAAAGAGAUGGUCGACAGAAUAGACAACGAUGCCAGCUACGACGAAUUAUUCACGUUGGUUAAGGAGAUGGCCAACCAGUGGCAGAAACAGGACUGCAUCCCGUCCAGUAAAGCUAUCAGCCUUUUCGAACAGAAGGGGACCCCCGAGUAUAACGAUCUCCGAGUUCUAUUCCAUACCAUACAUAGAAAGGUUUUAAGGCCACUAUUGCUGGGCACGCUGCCAUACGAUCUUUACGAUAGGGAUUUGCCCAAUUGGGAGUACGUGUACGACUCUCACGGCGCCGGAGCCUACCUUAUAGGGAUCUCUAUCGACGAAAGGCACGGCGCAUUUUUGACCCGCGAAGAGAUCGAAGUGGUGAUUGGCCACAUGCAAGACUACAAGAUCGGCUGCGAAGCUUGGAAGAAAAUCAAAGGGUCUUACGAUCAGGAUGACCUAACGGACGAACAGGAGUCGUGUUUGAGGAAGGCCUUGGCAAUCGACAACACGGUGCUUCCCGAAGAUCAGGAAUGGGAUAGCGAAGAAGACUGUUACGUCGCACCGAAAUGCAUGUCGGGUCGGAAGGGAACUAGCAAUAUCGAAGCGCUGAUAGAGAUGCUCGGCAGGCGCGUGAAUCCCGACUUCGACGGAGACGUGCCUCAGAUUUCCAGUCCGGUAUACAUCGGGUGCGGCAUGGGGGUUCCCAAGAGGAUGAUCCAGCACGACCCCAAUUUCAACAGUUUGGAUACGUCAUCUCACGUUCUCAGGCUGCUAAUUUCGUGCAUUCGCUAUUCGGGACUGAAGGUCUUCGUACACGGGGUUCCCGUUAUUAUGGUUUGGGACGAACCCCAAAUAUCUUUGGCCGAGGUUCUAGGAACAGUGUUGGCACAGUCGCUGAUCUCUCUGAACGGACUUAACGUCAUUCAGCCAGGUACCAACACAACCAGGGAAAAGAAGACGGACGUCUACGAUGAGAUGCAGAAGCACGUCUGGGUUAAGCGCCCUUGGUUCACAGAGAACAUGAAUAAGUCGAUAGAAGCGAGGAAAAACAACGAUAUCUACAAGAAAACUUUGCAGACCGUCGAGGACGAAUUCAUGACUAGCGACGAGCUGAGGGAUGCCGUCAGGAAUAUUCACCAGUUGGGUGACAACGCCACGAGGCUUUCACACGCGUUGACCGACGCCGGAGAGAAGGCAAAUAUACGAAUAGAAGAUGCCAAGGACCAUGUGGAAAGGCUCGACAAGCUCGGAAGAUUAACAAGCGGUAUAUUCCCGAGCCUGAAUCCGGGCGACCAACGAGACUAA